ACUCUUAUUAACUUUGAAAUAUUUAAUUAUUUAUUUUAACGUUCUAUAAUUGGCAAUCAUAUACGCUCAUCAUACUGAUGCUUUUUAUAUCACUUCUCCUAAGAAUCGUGAUACACAUGGCUUCUCCUAAAAGCUUUACACCAUAUCAAAGCCAUUAUCUUCCACACUUCAACUAUAAAGUCCCACUUCAUAGCCUCAAGAUACACAUUUCAUCUUUGCCUCAUUUCUUUCACUAAACCAACUAUUUUUGUCUAAUGUUCUGAAUUCAUUUAGUGCUUGAUUAAACUAAAGUGAUAUGUUGCCAAGGAGUCGAACUCUACCUAGCAGGAUCCAUCAUGGAGCUUUGGAAGAGAGGCAUGAUAUCAGGCACUACUUACAAGUUGAACCUCAGCCUAAAGCUACUGAGGCUGGAGCAAUGAAUCCUCAAUCCAACUAUUCCAAGUGCUUUGAUGAUGAUGGCCGCCUAAAGAGAACUGGAACAUUAUGGACUGCAUCAUCACAUAUUAUCACAGCAGUAAUAGGCUCAGGAGUCCUCUCCUUGGCAUGGGGAAUAGCUCAGCUGGGUUGGGUCACAGGUCCAGCUGUGAUGUUACUCUUCGCCAUUGUAAAUCUCUAUACUUCCAACCUCCUUGCCCAGUGUUAUAGAACUGGUGACCCUGUUACUGGCCGCAGAAAUUACACAUACAUGGACUCUGUUAAGUCCAACUUAGGAGGAAGAAGGGUAGUGAUCUGCGGUUUAAUUCAGUAUGUUAAUAUGUUUGGGGUUGCAGUUGGGUACACUAUUGCUGCAUCUGUCAGUAUGAUGGCUAUAAAGAGAUCAAACUGUUUCCACAAAAGUGGAGGGAGAGAUCCAUGCCACAUGUCAAGCAAUGGGUACAUGAUAACAUUUGGAAUCUUUGAGAUAAUAUUUUCACAGAUCCAAGAUUUUAGUCAAGUAUGGUGGCUCUCUAUAGUUGCAGCACUUAUGUCCUUUACUUACUCAGCCAUAGGUCUUGGUCUUGGCAUAGGAAAAGUUGCAGUAAAUGGAACCAUUAAAGGAAGCUUAUUUGGAAUUAGCAUAGGGACAGUGACAAAGGCUGGAACAGUGACUGAAACACAGAAGAUGUGGAGGAGUCUACAAGCUCUUGGAGCCAUUGCUUUUGCUUACACUUUCUCCUUAGUCCUAGUUGAAAUUCAGGAUACAAUUAGAUCACCACCUGCAGAGCACAAAACCAUGAAAAAGGCAACUCUUCUUAGUGUAUCAGUCACCACAGUGUUCUAUAUGCUGUGUGGAUGUUUUGGCUAUGCUGCUUUUGGCGAUUUGUCACCAGGAAACCUUCUCACUGGUUUUGGAUUCUACAACCCUUAUUGGCUUCUAGACAUUGCGAACGCUGCUAUUGUUAUCCACCUUGUUGGUGCUUAUCAGGUAUUUUGCCAGCCAUUAUUUGCGUUUGUGGAGAAAUGGAGCAGCAAGAAAUGGCCAAAGAGUGAGUUUGUAACAGCAGAGUAUGAGAUACCAAUCCCCUUGGUUGGUGCUGUAUACCAACUCAACCUUUUCAGAAUGGUUUGGAGAACUAUAUUUGUGAUGAUCACCACUCUAAUAGCCAUGCUGAUGCCAUUCUUCAAUGAUGUGGUUGGGAUACUUGGAGCCUUUGGAUUCUGGCCUUUGACAGUUUAUUUUCCAAUUGAGAUGUACAUAGCUCAGAAGAAGAUAAGCCGUUGGAGCACCAAAUGGGUGGGACUUCAGAUACUUAGUGCUACUUGUCUUCUCGUAUCCAUAGCUGCUGCUGUGGGGUCUUUUGCCGGGAUUGUUCUUGAUCUCAAGACUUAUAAGCCCUUCAAAACUAGCUAUUGAGAGCAUUUACAUAAUUUAUAUCUGUGUCCAUGUAUAAUGUAUUAACUGGUUAUAUGCUGUGCUAAAAAGGAUUAUUGGAAGCAUAAUUUUAGUAAUUAUUGUGGACCUUGUCUCGCUAGAUUGGCGAGAUAAGUAAUGAGUUAAGUAAAUAUUAAAGAUAGACAAACAAGAUUUAUACUA